AGUUGAACAUCACUAGAAAGGCACAUUUAUUACUUGAUGAAGUGACGUUUUGAACGCAAAUCACAAUUAUCACAAUAGAAAUGUAAGACAUAAUUCGCAUUACAUCUUCAUUAUUAUGUUUAAUAUUUUACCUUUAUGUUGUAGUUGAUUUUAUAAUUUGUAUGUUUUAUAAUCAUGGCUAAAAGAAAAGCGGGUGUAAACGAUAUAAUAUUUGAAUUAGAUAACGAUGACAUCGUAAUAAGUAGUGACGAUGAAGUUAAGGAGCCUAAAAAGAGUCGUUCUUCAGUUGGAAAUAGUGAGAAAACCUGUGAAAAUAAAAAUAUAAACGAACAAAAGUGUGAUGAUGUUAUUAGCAUUGACAGUUUUGAAGACAGCUUAACCGAAAAUAAAAACCGAAACAAUACCAGUAAUGGAGAAAAAAUCACUUCUGAAUGGAUACCAAAAAAAAGUAGUCCUAAUGAGAAAAGCGAAUCAAAUGACAUUGAAAUAAAACAAUCUGAAACAAUUCAUUGUCAAAAUAACGAUAGUAGUUGUGUAAACACUGUAACAAUUGAUGAAGAUAUAGUCCUCGAUUCUCCAGCUUCUAACAGUGGUUUUGCUGUUAUCGGUUGUGAGAACAGGACACCGUUAAUUUCAUUGCGUUUUAAAGACAGUAAAUUUGCUCGCGUAUAUAAAAAGACGAUAAAAGAUUUUUUAGUUAAUCUCUUAAAAUCAAGUAGUGAAGGUUGUAUAAAUGAAAAUGAAGAAUCUGAUAAUGAACUUGACAUUUGGCCAGAAGAUUUGGCUAAUGAAGUCUGGAGUAAAGAUGAAUCUACUAAUAUUGACGAUGGCUUGUUUUUCGUGGACACUGAACCCUGCGAUGAUAAAUACAUAGAGAUACCUAAAUAUAGUCAGAAUGCAACCUUAAUAUCAGAUGUUACUAAGGAAGAAACUCCACCAGAGGCAUGUAAAAGAAGACAAAUAUGCUUCAAUUGUGAUGGUGAACAUCAACUUCGUGAUUGCACUUUACCCAGAAACCAUCAACGAAUAGCUCAGAAGAGAAAAACUAUGACCACAAAAAUGGGACGUUACCAUGUUGAAGACGAUCAAAAGUAUGGCCACUUAGUACCCGGUAGAAUAUCAGGGACUCUACGGAAUGCAUUAGGUCUUAAGAGAUACGAACUCCCAUUAUACAUAUAUCGUAUGAGGCUAUUGGGAUACCCCCCUGGUUGGCUGGAAGAGGCGAGGAUAUCUCACUCUGGGAUAACAUUGUUUGAUUCAUCAGGUAAUGCUACUCUUGAUCCUGAUGAAGAGGAGGGUGAAGUCUGUGAGCCAGGGUUUAAAGACAAAUUUGAUAUUAAGAAGAUUCUUGACUUUCCUGGGUUCAAUGUACCUACGAGUUCACGGUACAUAGAGGAAGGACAUUUGUUUGGUAUACCACCUAUGUCGGAGCAAGACAGUAAGAUGGUAAUGUUACAAACAUUAGCUCCUAAUGCAGUAAAAGCUUACAAACGGAAGAAAUUGCUAAUGUUCCCUUCAUCAAACAAUAACUCCUUACAAGGCCAGGGUGAAAUGGAAUUAGACAGUGGAGAUGAGACAGUUGUAUUUCCAUCAAAUCCACCAUUGCCUGAUGACGAGCCACCUCCAAAAGUGCUGCCACCACCUCCACCGUCUUCACCACCUCCGCUACCACCAUCAUCAUCUCCAGAAAGAAAAGAAAAAACAAAUAAUUUCCAAAAUAAAACACCAAAUGGUAAAAAUAACACAAGUUCUAAUGAAAAAGAUAAAAUAAUUUCACCCAAUAAGAACAGUUCAAAUAUAGAAAAUAAGAGAUUUAAUGAAUCCCCUAAAGACAAAAUAAAAAAAUGUAAAGGGAACAAACAUUCAAAUGACGAAAAUGUGGAUAGUUGUAGUGAUAUAGAAACAAUAGAAGUGAUUCAAAUUAAUGACAUACCAAUUCCUGAUGAUGAUUUGAUCACGAUUGACGAAGAUUACGAUUCUGCAGUAGGUAGCGGGCGCGAAAGUCCAAGUCUGGAUGAUUUAGAAGAAAAGAAAAGACUGCUUUUGAAUGCACUAAAAACUGACAAACCUGUGUCAGAAACCAUUGUUCUCUCUGAAUCAGUUGAAACCGUGGAAAGUGACACAUUAGAUAUUACAGAAAUUGAUGAAUUAUUGGAAAUGGCAGAAAAAGAACAAAGAGAAAAAAUGAAGAAAAGUGAUGCAAACAAUAAAAAAGAUAUUACUACAGAACCUAAAAGAGUAGUUGUAGUAGAAGAUAAUACUCUAACUAAUGUAGAAGUAGAAAUAACAGCUACUCCAAAAGCAGAUCAGAUUGUAAAAAGUGAACAAGAGGGUAGUACAAAAAGUAACUGUAUUGAUGAUGGAGCUUUAUCAAGUAAACCAUCAGAUGUAAAUACAGAAGUAAUAAAACCUGACAUUCAUAAUAAAACUCCCGAAGAGUCUGUAAGUACACCUACUACAUCUAAUAUUCAGACAAAUAACAUAGGAAAAAUCGUAAAUACAUCAGAUACAAAGACAGGACACGUGAAAACUACACAAUAUGGCACACCUGUUAUAAAUGUCGCUUCAAGUUACGUGAAAUUGCCUAGCGAAGAUAAAUUCGCAAAGGACAUAUGCGACGUUAUUAAUUUCGAAAAUCUUCCCAACUCAACUGGUAAGUUCAAGCAAAUUAAUAGUUUGCUUAAAAAAGUAAAAUCGGUUGUUGAUAGGAUACAGGACUCAUGAUUUGAGAAUACCACCUUAUAAUAAGGUGGUGGUUUAUAGAAAAUAAUCAAAUUGUUGG